UUCUCAUAAUGUUCCAUGCCCUCGUUCUUAAAGCUCUUAGCCAAUGUUCUCUGCUCAUGCACCGCUCUCUCCUCCAGGCUCGGCAUGGCGACCGGCUGGCCCGACCUCAACAUCCCGCCCCUUGACCCGCUCACCUUCAAUAAUUUUCCUUACAACGUAACCUGGGACAACAACACGGUGUAUGGGAGCUUUCUAGAAUCCGAACUGGUCUACCUUUCACAGUUUAAGACGACACAAGUACUCGUGCAACUGCAGUUUGAACUGUAUGUGAACUUGGCUCUGGAGUUAGAACAGCUUGAGCUCCAUGGAACGUACGACAUGGACGGUCACGCGCUCGGUCUGGACGUAUUCGGAGACGGCAACUACCACAUUACCCUGAACGACGUGCGCAUCGCCUUCUACCUCCGCGCCGGCAUCGGGGACUGGGGCCGCCAUUUCCAAGUCAAGGAAAUCACGUCCGACUUCAUGCUGCAUGACGCUGACGUAAGAUUCGAACACCUGCUGGGCGGUGGCAUCACAGGUGGGCUGGUGAACGAAGCGCUAAGUCAGGAGCUUCCGGCAGUGCUUGGGGUGCUGGAGAACCUCGUGCUGCCUCCUCUGAUGGACGUCCUUAAGCAAGAAAUCAACGAAUACCUCAAGCAGUUUCCUCUCAUCCCCGAUUUUAACAUCACCAGGAUUUCGUAUGAUUAGUUUUGUUCGAUUUCCUUGUUAAAUAAAAGAUUGGCGAAAC